CAUCGGCAGCGCUGAGUGCAAAAACAAGCUUCUCGAGACUCGAGAGUACGGCUGAAAAAAAGCGUCUUUUUGUGUGUGUGACCGCGUAUCUUGCUUACCGGUGCCGGUAGAGUUUGCGGUGCUUCUUCGUGAACUACGUGAUCACAGAUUCGCAAGUUGGGUACGUUUGAAACGGUCCCGUCAUGUCGUCCGAACUGGACAUCCUCAAGGAGAUGGGCUUCUCGGAACAGAGGGCGGAGAAAGCCCUGCAAGUGUGCGGCAGCCAAGGCGUCGAGGCCGCUAUGGAAUGGCUUUUGGCGCAUGCAGAUGAGGCCAUGGAUACCAACGAACUCGUCCCCGCAGUAAAUCCACCGGCAACCAACGUCCCUUCUAACACGGAAAGAGGAGACUGUAGUGACGAGGUUGCAGGGAAAACGGAGGAUUCGUCGGCCGGGUCGGAGCCGACCAACGCCGCCGCCCCCAGCCCCGAGCCGACGUCUGCCGAGGGUUCGCCGGCCUCCGCCAAGAGUCUCAAGUGUGACGAGUGUGGCAAAAGGUUUCGAACCGAGGCCGAAGUGGAAUUCCACGCCGUCAAGUCUGGCCACCAGAGCUUCUCGGAGUCUGCUGAGGAACUCAAGCCCCUCACGGAGGAGGAGAAGUUAGAGCAGAAGAAGAGGUUAGAGGAAAAGAUCCGUCUGCGGAGGCUGGAACGGGAGGAGAAGGAGAAGAAGGAGGCGCUGGAGAGGGAGAAGAUGCGCCGGAAGAUGGGCCAGGAGAUCUCGUCCACACGCCAAAAGAUCGAAGAGGAGGAGAUGCGGAAGCUUGCGGAACAACGGAGGAGAGAAAAGAUGGAGGACAAACUGGCGAGGCAAAAGAUCCUGGAGCAGAUUGAGCGGGACAAGCUUGCCCGGCGGCAGAAGUUUGACAUGGAGCCCCUGCCCGCCACGACCAGUCAGCCGUCUCCCCCGCCACAGGUCGAAGUCGCCCCCAAGAAGGACUACGACCAGUGCAAGCUCCAGAUCCGGCUGACCAAUGGCCAGACACUGACGCAGACAUUCAACGCACACGAGGAGCUUGCGGCGGUGCGGCUGUACAUAGAGCUGAACCGGACGGACGGGGAGCUUCCCUUCUGCCUCAUGACUAACUUUCCCCGGAAGGUCUUUGUGGAGGAGGACUACGUCAAGCCCCUCAGCGCACUAGGACUGGUACCAUCAGCUGUCAUAUUUCUGACCAAAGCAAAGUGACCAGCUGGAAAGGCACGGGGAGCCGCUCAUUGCCAUCAGAGGGAUCUGCUGUGCAAAAUCUGCCCACCUGUAUCAUACUUUGGUAUAUAAAAAAAAAGUGUUUUAAUAAAUUCUUUGUGGUGUUCAAGCAAACACCACUCUUUGUUUUCAAAA